AUGUCGAAGGUGUCCUUUAAGAUCAUGCUCACGUCAGACCCGCAGCUGCCCUACAAAGUACUCAGUGUUCCUGAAAGUACACCUUUUACAGAAGUCUUAAAGUUUGUAGCAGAAGAAAAUCAACUGAGGUUUAAAGUUCCUGCAGCAACAAGUGCAAUUAUUACCAAUGAUGGGAGAGGAAUAAAUCCGGCUCAGACUGCUGGAAAUGUUUUUCUAAAGCAUGGUUCAGAACUAUGAAUUAUUCCUAGAGAUCGUGUUGGAAGUCAUUAACGCAUGCAACUUGGAGCACAGUUACUGACCAGAAUAAAUAUUGAUGUUUGUUGUUGCUGUAAAA